CAAAGCUUUAAUGGUACUGCUUUUUUCCCCGAGUUGCUGUUACAAAGAAUUCGUUGAGUUCUAUUAUUUGACAGAUCAUCCGGGAGCAUAAUAAUAAAUUUCCAAGCGUUUAUUUAAAACCAAGAGCGGAAAAUGUCAAAACAAAAUAAUGAAAGUAUUUUGAGGGAAAUAAAAGCCAGACAAACAUGUAUUAACAAUGUGCAACAUGUGCUAGAAAUCAGUAAAGAGGAACAGCUUUUACAGCAGGAAAAAAAUGAUCUGAAAAAUUCCUUCUUUUGUCAAGAGAAAAGGCAGUUGUAUCUGGAGUACCUGGGAAAAGAAAGAGAUACAUGGCAAGAUGUCAAACAGACUGAUGAGAGACUGAAGGCAAGUCGUGAGGAAAGGAUUAAAGUGAAGAACAAGUUGGAAGAAGAAAAAGACAAAGUGUUUGAUAUCUUACAGAAAGUCAGUGAUGAACACAGCUUGCUUCAGGAAAAAAUUAACAAGGCUGAAGAAAAGCUCAAGAUUUUUGAGGAUAAGAAAAAAUUAUUUGAAAGUAGAAGAAAGCUGGACCCAACCGUGGCAGACUCGGCCAUAACAAAGUGUAAACAAGCCAUUGUGAAGAUAGAAGCUGAAGUUAUAAAGCAGCAGGAAGAACUGGAAAAGAGAGAAAAGGAGAUAGCAAGGUUGAAAUCUGAACUAGGCGGAAAAAGAAUUGACAGGAAUAGAGGCUCCGAUGAACAAACUGUUACAAGAUUGAAGAAGGUCUUAAACUUCCUUGAGAGUGUCAAUGGUUUGAAAGUACAUGUCAGUGGACAAGAGCAGUUAACUCUUGUGUUUAACAAAAGCAGCUCAGAGUUAGCCUCAGUGACUUCUCCAGAGGAAUCACUUCACCUUAAGAUGACCUUGACCUUCAGUACCAGUUGUCAAGGAGAUGCUAGGUUAAGUGAUGUGAAGGUUGUCUUUGGAAGGAAAGUAAAUAUCAGUUUGGACCAUUUUCGAAUCAGCGAUAUUGUUGACACAGCUAUUGCAAUGAAUGAUGUACCGUUCUUGGUAUUGUCAGUGCAGGAUCGUUGGAACCAACAUUUUCCUCUUCUGUCGGAAAUGGACAUUUUGAACAAAAAUCAUGCUAUAGAUUGGAUUCAAGAACAGUGUCGGCUGAGAGUCCUGGUGGGCAAGUGUGGUAAAAUAAUGUUUACCUUAAGUGUUCCAAAGGAUUACCCAUCAACCAGGGGUAUAAGUCUGUUGGACUCUUAUGGCAUAGACAGUGUGGAUACAGAGAAUCUGCCAGACAAAGACUCGACUUUGCUACAGUGGGUGUUGCAUCUAGAAGAGACAUAUGGCAAUUGCUGACCUUACAAGGACAGACCAUGAUAAAGUUCUUUGUUACAUACACUAGUAAAUGCUCUUAUACAGCAUUUGAUAAAUUUCAAAUAAAUUUAGGAGUGAUAAUAUAAUUUUGAGGUUUUGCAUACCUUAAGAAGGUUGUGUUGUUACUGACAGGCCAAAAUGUUUUCAAAAUUACUUGGAAUCAUAUAAUUUUGAUUGUUUUAUGAUCUCCACCCACUUUUGAAAAGUUUCAAAAGUAGGCAUUCAUUACUGUAUUUUUCAAACAUUUGAUAGGAAGAACAUAAAAUCAUAACAAAAACAGACAUAUGUUGCUAUUCUACCAAAUGAAAGUGUAUACUACAUUUUUUUUAUUGUAUUUAAGCAUUUUUGUAGUAGAAAUGGUGUAUCUAGUAUGUCCCAAGAAAAAAUGACUUGACACUGAAUGUGCAUACUGUAAUUUCUUAUGACAUUUGGUGAACAGAAAUAACUGAAUGUGUUUACUUGACUGAAUGGCCAGAUACAUACUGCCAUAAAACAUCCUACAAGACUUUUACUAGAUCUGAUUAAGAUCUGGUGCCUGUUCACUAAAUGUGUGGGAAGCAAAUUACAGUUAUAUGUCUUUAUGGGUAGGUGUACCACAAUGCAUCAGUUACUGUAAUACAGACCUAUUGGUUUGCAUACUAGCUUUUGUUAUCAUAUAUCACACAAAAUAUGAUGGUUUGCUACUUAAGGACGUAUGCUAGAAUUUGGAGAAAAAUGCUGUUUUCAAGGGCAGAUAACUCUUUCAGUACAGGUGACCUAUGAAUUUCAUUGCAUAUUUUUAUUUCUUAGAUGAUUGUCCUUCAGUAUCCAAAGUUUGAAGAAAUUCUAUUAUUGGGAAAAAUUCUGCUUAUCUCAUAUACAGGAAAUUCUAAGGUAUGCCUCUAAGCUGAAUAUCAUUAAAACUUGAUAUUAAAGCCGACUUUUUGCAGGCUGGAGAAAUGAUUUUAGAGAAAAAUGCUUCACCUGCAUUACAUGCAAUGCUUACUUAAUACUCUUCAUUAUUUUUACUAAUAUUUUUCACAAAAUUUAUAAAACUCUAAAUGAGAGCUUCAGUGUACUUUAAUACCAAACUGACAUGUUGCCUUCGACAAGACCAGUAAAUUAAACCCUUUUUAAAAUAGAAAUAGAAAGUAACCAUUUUGUGUUUUCCUUAUGUAAAUUCUUAUUGGCUAUAAAACUGUUGAAUAAAAAUUCAGAAUUUUGAUAUGAUUUUUUGUGUGUG